AUGAUGGAAUCAAUGUUGCAGAUCCUCGUCCGAGGCGUACAAAUCCUCUGGGUCCUCCUCUUCACAGCACUGAUCGGCAAUGUCAUCGCCCUCAACAUCAACAGCGCCGGCUCCGCCAUGGCCGCCAUCAACUUCUCCAUGUUUGUCGCCGUCAUCAGCUGGCUGGCAGCUCUCUACGGUCUCGCCGCCGCCUUUGUCUCGGCCAUCGCCAUCCCCAUUGCCAUGCUGGCCCUCGACGGCGCCGCCAUCCUCUUCACCUUCAUUGACGCCAUUGUUCUCUCCGCCAAGCUGCGCGCGGUCAAUUGCGGCUCUUUGAACAGAAGCGACUUGCCGAGCGACUACAUCGUCUGGGGUUCCGGCGACGACGAGAAGCGCUGCCGCGAGAUCCAGGCCAGCACCGUCUUUGUGUGGUUCCUUUUCGCUAGCUUCUGCGCAGGAGGCUUCUUCACCUUCAUGAACUUCCGUCGCGGCGGCGGCUCUGUUCGCAGCUCUCGCCCUAGCAUGGCCCAGGUCGGCGUCUAA